ACCCAAAAAAAAUAGACAACUUAAGUUUAGACUUAGCACACUGUGUUUAUAUAGGUCAACAUCUUAAUCAUUUGGCUUUUUUUUUUCUUUUCCUUUUUGUUUUUGCUCUUGUAGCUUUCUUGUUGCACUUACAAGUCAAAAUUAAUAGUUGUAUGAAAUUGUCAAUGCACUGGAUGUGUGGACAUCCUUUAAGGAGUUUUGGUGCACAAAAGAAAGAAAUAUUCUUCCAUUAUAUCCAUCAUAACUAUAAAAAAGAGAAAUGUUCUUACUACAAAAUCUGCGUAAAGAGUCAUAUAUUUUCUGAUGCUUCUCUUGUUAGAACAGUGACUUAGUUGCACUGAAAUCUUCUUAUAGUUUUCAUAGCCACAAUCUUUGUUCCCUAUUUUAAAGUCAAAACUCAAUGCUAGGAAAUACUACAUGCAGUUGAAGAGUAUCUAUGAAUGGAAGCUUUGAGUUUUCACAUGAUAAACUAACCAAAGAGAUUAGUUUUCACGAAUCAAUCAAUAUAUCGAUGUGUCCGGCCAUCUAUCUGUUCGGUUAUUCACGUCGUGCUCGUGACAGUAUCUCCAUCUAUCUACUGUUCAUACUGCAAGUUUUGUCCAUUUACUGAGCACAAGUUCCAUCUAAGAGGUGGUUUUGCCAAUGUGAUGAAGUACUCAUCUCCUCAACCACCUUUUUCUGCGCUUCAAACGCCAAAGAAUGUCAAUAUUAGUAAUGAGAAGGAAACAGCAACAUCUUCAUUUAUAAGCAGAAUCAGUCCACUUAUUUUGUUGGUCCUAAUAAUACUAACAGUUAUCUUCUUUAUCUAUGGACUUAUCCAAUUAGUUCUAUGGUUUUUAAUGAAAAUUGCAUCCUCUUCAACAUCCCUUUAUAAUUCCAACAGAUUCCAAGAAUCGACCCGAACCCGCGCUUUUCAUAGGCAACUACAACAGCUUUUCCACUUGCAUGAUUCAGGUCUAGACCAAGCUCUCAUAGACACUCUCCCACUUUUCAACUACAAAGCUUUAAUGGGUUUGAAGGAACCUUUUGAUUGUGCUGUGUGUCUCUGUGAGUUUUCUGAUCAAGACCAACUGAGGUUGGUUCCUAUGUGCAGCCAUGCCUUUCACAUGAACUGUCUUGACACAUGGCUUCUCUCAAAUUCUACUUGUCCUCUUUGUCGAGCAAAUGUCUCUAGCUCUAGUAGUUUUCUUAUGCAGAAUGUUGAAAAUUCGAAAGAGAAUAUUGUUGAGUGUUCAGAAUAUAGUGAAAGAGAAAUAACUGCAGAGGAACAAAGGGUGUUUUCUGUGAGACUUGGAAAAUUCAGAAAUAAUGGAAUAGUAGAGGAUGGUAGUUGUAGUUUGGAUGAGAGGAGAUGUUAUUCAAUGGGAUCAUAUCAGUAUGAGCUUUGUAAUUCGAAUUUGCAAGUGGUUUUGUUGUCUCAAUCUUCUUGUUGUGAUGAUAAGUUAGGAAGUGAAGAAAAUGGCAAUGUGGAAGGGAAGAGGGUAGGGACCACAAUUAAAGGUGAGAGCUUCUCUGUUUCUAAGAUAUGGCUUUGGUCCAAGAAGAGCAAAUUUCCUAGUUCGGGUGUUGAUUUCCCUUGAUUUUCUUGUAAUUAGAAACUUAGCAGAAAUGUAAGUGUAUGAUAAGGAAAAGGAAGCUACAUUUUCUAUCUAGAAUUGCAUGUUUAAUUAAUGAUCCUGUUUUUAAUGUCAUGCCUUAAAAAAUAAUUAAGUAGAUUUAUGUUUGGUUCUUUUAGUUUGUCUCUCAACUCAACAUGGUAUUAGGAGAAGGAUAUUGUUACAAAUCAUUGUAAAUUUGAGAUGACAAAGGAGUAUUUGCUUUAGAACUCAAAUGUGAAAUUGUCCAAUAAUAGCAUUCUACUCGUUCUGGGAUAGAAUCUUUAGAUCUCUAAUGACAAAGUGUCAUAUUUGAACUA